UCAAGUUACUAUUGCAGCAAUAGUGUGUUGCCAAUUUUACCCCCACCUAUAUCUCUUUAUUACUCAUUUGCCAUUCUUGCUAAAUUGUGCCAUGUGCACCCUUCUCUACAGAUCUUCCCACGCUCCCUCCUCCCUGAUUCCCUUCUUCAGUUCUUCUUUCUUUCACCCCUGAUUCUUGGAUGAUUUUUCGACAAACCCUACCUCUUACUCCAAUCUCCCCCGCCACCAUUUUCUCUCUCCUCUAAUCUCUGUUCUUCUCCCUCUCUCCUUCAUUAUUCUGCCCUACUCCUCUCUGAUGCGCUCUCUCUCUCUCUCUCUCUCUCUCUCUCUCUCUCUCUUCUAAUCAAGGUUUCGUCACGGCAAGAAUGGUGAGAUCUCUUAAAUAUUGCAGUCUCCAUCAACCAUUUAUGCCCAUUUUUCUUAGUUUCAUUAUCGAAAGAAUAGGUUUAGGUUUAAUGGUCGGAUUUAGGAUUUAUGUAGAGUUCUUGAAAUUUAUGGUUUUGAUUUUCGGGGUUUAAUAGAAGUACGAAAGGAAUGGAACCUGAGAAGUAAUUCCAUGGCGAGCUCUUCACCCCCGUGCAAGGUAUCAAAGAUAGAAAGAUAAAUGAGGCAUCUGUUGUAGCAUUAAAUGCCGAGAAUUUGCAGAAAUCUCCAAUUCAUUAUCACAACUUCCUUCUCGAAUACAAGUUAUGGAGAUUUUGUGCGAAUUGAAGACAGUUAUGAUUCAAAGAAUGGUGACAUUAAGUCUAGUGGCGGUGUUCGUGAUUUGUUUCCUGAAAUCCCUGCUUCCCUGACACUCUUCCAGUUCGGGUUGAGGUGUAAAGUUGGGGAUGGGAUAUGGUUUACUACAGAGUUGAUUAUUAUGGCCUUAUAUACCAGAGUCGUAUGUUGCCACAAAGUUGGGCGAGGAACUAUCACAACUGUUCUUUCUCCUGUUAGGCCGGCCGUGUUUAAUUUUCCUAAACUUAGCCAUGUAAAUUUUUAUUGCUUAGCCAUGAAUUCUAUAUAUGUAACCUACAUCAAGUAAUUAGUCGUGUUUCUUAUCAUCUACGGAGUACUGUAUUCAUACUUUCAACUAUUUCUAUGGAGUAAUUAGGCUUGUGAUUUGUAUAGUGUUCCGGGAGAUAGUGUUUUAUAUC